AUGUUCCCUUGGGGACUGAGCUGUCUGUCCGUGCUUGGGGCGGUGGGCACUGCUCUCCUAUGCGCUGGCCUACUGCUCAUCCUAGCCCAGCACCUCUGGACCCUUCGCUGGAUGCUGAGCCGAGACCGGGCCUGUGCCCUGCCCCUGCCGAAGGGCUCCAUGGGCUGGCCCUUCCUCGGUGAAACUCUGCACUGGUUAGUUCAGGGCUCACGCUUCCACAGCUCCCGCCGGGAGCGCUACGGGAUGGUGUUCAAGACACACCUGCUGGGCAAGCCGGUGAUCCGUGUCAGUGGUGCGGAGAACGUGCGCACCAUCCUGUUGGGUGAACACCGCCUGGUGUGCAACCAGUGGCCACAGAGCGCACACAUCCUGCUGGGCUCGCACACACUGCUGGGGUCGGUUGGGGAGCCACACCGGAGGCGGCGCAAGGUCCUGGCGCACGCGUUCAGCCGCUCAGCGCUGGAGCGCUACGUGCCACGCCUGCAGGGGGCGCUGCGGCGCGAGGUGCGCUCCUGGUGCGCAGCCCCUGGGCCUAUUGCUGUCUAUCAGGCAGCCAAGAUGCUCACCUUUCGUAUGGCCGCGAGCAUCCUACUGGGUCUGCGUCUGGAUGAGGCACAGUGUGCGGAGCUGGCCCGCACUUUUGAGCAGCUGGUGGAGAAUCUCUUCUCUUUGCCCCUGGAUGUACCCUUCAGCGGCCUGCGCAAGGGCAUCCGAGCUCGGGACCAGCUGCAUCAGCAUCUGGAAGAGGCCAUUGCAGAAAAGCUUCGUGAGGGCAAGGCAGAGGAGCUAGGUGAUGCCCUGGCUCUUAUUGUCCACAGCGCCAGGGAACUUGGUCAUGAGCCCUCGGUGCAGGAACUGAAGGAGUCGGCUGUGGAACUACUCUUCGCCGCCUUCUUCACAACGGCUAGUGCCAGCACGUCCCUCGUUCUGCUGCUACUGCAGCACCCGGCGGCCCUCGCCAAGAUCCGACAGGAGCUGGCGGCACAGGGACUGGAGCGCGCAUGCCACUGCGAGCCAGGAUCUGCAGGGGGCGAUGCAGGGCUCGGGUCGGACUGCGUCUGCGAGCCGGACCUCAGCCUCGCCGCUCUGGGCCGUCUGCGGUACAUCGACUGCGUGGUCAAGGAGGUGCUGCGCCUCCUGCCGCCUGUGUCGGGGGGCUACCGCACGGCACUGCGCACCUUCGAGCUCGAUGGUUACCAGAUCCCCAAAGGUUGGAGCGUCAUGUAUAGCAUCCGGGAUACGCACGAGACGGCCGCGGUGUACUGCAGCCCACCUGAGGGCUUCGACCCAGAGCGCUUCAGCUCGGCGUGCGACGAAGCGCGAGGAGCAGUAGGCCGCUUCCAUUACAUCCCGUUCGGCGGAGGUGCGCGUAGCUGCCUUGGCCAGGAGCUGGCGCAGGCGAUGCUCCAGCUACUCGCUGUGGAGCUGGUGCGCACAGCGCGUUGGGAGCUGGCCACGCCCGCCUUCCCCGCUAUGCAGACCGUGCCCAUUGUGCACCCAGUGGACGGGCUGCAGCUUUUUUUCCACCCUCUCGCGCCUUCGACUACGCCAGACGGGCCACGAUCCUGA